UUUGGGCAAUCAUUUGUCUUGGUAGUCUGGAGAUCGUUCUCCUGGCUAAACCAUUGCCGCCCCCUUCAUUUCUCUCUCUCUCUCUUGGAGAUAGCUUGCAGUUUUUGUAAAUCUUGAGGACAUCAUUUUCCAUAAUCGAGAAGAUCGAAGGCGAUUAACUUGAACUGUAACUUGUGAGAUCUGAUCAUUCGUUGUUGCUUAUCAUCGCCACUAAAUUGAGUUGCAUGCUGAUGCUUGUUCUUUUCCCAGCUUUGCUUAUAAAAUGGAAGUGUCUUUAUUCUCCGAUGACAUUUCAGAGGAUCCUCCCUUCGAAUUUGACAAGUACAAUGAAGAUUAUACUACUGUGGAUGGUGAAAGAUGUGGGAUUUGUAUGGAAAUUGUCAUUGAUAGGGGAGUUUUGGACUGCUGCGAGCACUGGUUCUGUUUCACAUGCAUUGACAAUUGGUCUACCAUUACAAACCUUUGCCCACUUUGCCAAACUGAAUUUCAGUUGAUCACAUGUUUACCUGUAUAUGAUACUGUUGGAAGCAACAAAGUUGACGAGGACUCUCCGUACAGAGAUGAGGAGGAGGAGGAUUGGUUUAUUGAGGGGAAGAGCAAUACACUUUCAUUCCCUUCGUACUAUAUUGAUGAAAAUGCAGUUACCUGUUUGGAUGGAGAUGAUUGUAUAAUGCGAAGUGGAUCAGUGUCAAGUCAAGAAGAUCCUAACCUUGACACAUCAAUUGCCUGUGACUCAUGUAAUACAUGGUAUCAUGCCUUCUGUGUGGGAUUUGACCCUGAUGCAACAUGUGAAACUUCAUGGUUAUGUCCAAGGUGUUUAGUGAAAGAGAAUCUGAAUGAAUCGGAUGUAGAUCCAGGAGAAUUUCCAAGCUCAUUUUCUGCUAAAGUGUCUGUAUCUGUAGCCGAUGCUGGUGAGACAGCUAUGAUCGUAUCAAUGGUUCAGGAUAAUCCAAUUACUGAAGGUCAAUUGGUUCAGGAUAAUCCAACUACUGAAGGACCAAGUGGACCUAUAUUAACUGAAAAUAUUGACAAGGACGAGACAUUUGUAAGAAUGACUAGUUUGGUUGCAAAUUUUCCUAUGUUGGACAUUCCUUCUACCGGGAAAGCUAUUUGUCACACAAAUUUGGAAGUAGAGGGAUCUGAUUUGUCCUUGCAACAAGAUGCAUCCAGUAGCUCCCUUCCUGUUUUUAUUGGACAAGAUAACUUCGAAAAUAUAUCUCUGGCUAAAGGGAUUAUUAGAGAAAGGAGAUCAAAAGAGUCCUUUUCAAAUAAUGACCAAAGCAAACCUGACAUAGAUCUUCGCCUUGUUUUAUCAGAAGGAUGUGCCUCAUCUGGUGUUGAUAUUAUAAAAAAUGAUGCAACUCAAACUGAAGUGACUAUGGACUUUCAUCCAAAGAACACUUUAGACCACCGCUUGUUGCCAGCUACCAAGAUGGUUCUUGACUCAAAGAAUAAUGUGGUUGGUGUUAAAGGCGGGAAGAGAAAGUGUAGAGAGCCAAGUGACGAUGUUGAUACAGCUCCUGAAAAUGAAACCAAACCCAAAAGUGGAGCUUCAACAAAGAAGAUCAGAACUCGCAACAAGGUUCAAGUUAUACAUGUUCCAGAUGAGCCAAGAAAAUGUCCCAGUCCUAUAGCAGUUUCUCAGGACAAUAGAAUUAACUUAAAACAAACCAGUAAUGCUUCUGAUAUUAUGAGUAUAAUUCGGGAAACCAAGUCAAGCAGCAACAUUGAAAAUGCAACUGGCUUGAGAAUGAAAAAGAUUUUGAGAACUACUGCAGCAGGUGACAAAGAGUCAUUCAAUCUGGUGCAAAGUUUAAGAAAGGAAAUUAGAGAAGCAGUUCGCAACAAACCCUCCAACGAUCUAGGAGAGAAUCGUUUCGAUCCUAAGCUUCUUGCUGCUUUUAGGGCUGCCUUGAUUGGAUCAGUAACUGAGCCGACUAAGCCUAAUUUAGCUGUCAAGGCAAAGAAGUUGAUUUUCCAGAAGGGUGGAGUAAGGGAGAAUCUAACCAAAAAGAUAUAUGGAAUUAAUGGGAGACGAAAACGUGCAUGGACCCGUGACUGCGAAAUUGAAUUCUGGAAACACCGGUGUUCUAAAGUCUCCAAGCCUGAAAAAGUUGAAACCUUGAAAUCGGUUCUCAAUCAUUUGAAGAAGGGUUCAGAUGAGAUAGACAUGAUGAAGAAUGGAACUGAAUGUGCCGAUGGAAAUCCCAUCCUGUCACGACUAUACUUAGCUGAUACAUCUGUCUUUCCACGAAAGGAUGAUGUUAAACCUCUCUCUGCUUCAGAGGAAGCAUCUAGUGGGUCUACUCGCAUUGCAAGAAACCCACAAUUGAAUAAACAGUCUGAAACUGGCAAAUGCGUAAUAAAACGUACCGGCAAGGAGGCAUCCAGUUCAAAUGAUGAUGGACCAAAGGAUAAGAGGAAAUGGGCCAUGGAGAUUCUUGCUAGAAAAAAUGCAAUGUCAAGCAAAUCUGUAGUAGGGGGUGAAAAACAGACAGACAAUAAUGAUAUUCCUAAAGGAAAUUACCCUUUAACGGCUCAGUUACCAACUCAAAUGAGACCAGUUCUAGCAACAAGUCUCCAUAAAAAAAUUCCUGUAGCAGUUAGGCAGGCACAACUUUAUCGCCUUACAGAACACUUUUUGCGGAAAGCAAAUCUUCCUGUUAUCUGCAGAACUGCAGAGACGGAAUUUGCAGUUGCAGAUGCAGUUAAUAUUGAGAAGGGCAUUGCUGAUAGAUCUAACAGCAAGGUAGUAUACCUAAACCUUAUGUCCCAAGAAAUAUUACAUCGGUUAGACGUGUCCAAGUCUAGUGGAGCCACAGAAACCAAUUCCUCCUCACCCAUUCCUCCAGACAUUGUUAUUACACCCGACAUCUAUGAAGAAGCAAUUGGUGUUCCAGAAGUUGAACAAGCACUGAUAAGUGCAGGAUUUAUGUCUGAUUCUCCUCCACUUAGAAUAGAAGAAGAAGAAGGGGGUGUGGAUAACAUACUUGAGAUGGAUUCUUCUUACCCAGAACUAGAUAUAUAUGGUGAUUUCGAGUAUGAUUUGGAAGACAGUGAUCUCAUUGGUGGUAGCUCUUCAACAGUAAUAGCUAAGCCUCAACCAGAUGAGUCUAAAAUGAAAGUAGUUUUCUCUUCUUUUUCUAUCAAAGGCCAGGAUAAUGAGGAGAUUGAAAAAAUGAAUUCAACUAAAGAUUCUUCUUGCUCAAACUUGAAUUUGGACAUGAACAUGGAGAAGAACUGCCCUCCUCCUCCUCCUCCUAUGGAACUCUCGACAGACCUGGAACUUGAAGAACCUUCUCAGGCAGAGUGUGAAGAACUAUAUGGCCCAGAGAAAGAACAGAUAGUAGUAGAAAAAUUUCCAUAUAAAACAAAUGCCAUUGAUGAUAUUGCAGACAAAGCUGAGACCUUAGUUGUACAGAGUGUUGAUCUACUGCAAGCUACUACUACUACAGAACUUUCAAACCAGCAAACAACUAGCACAAAUGAAACCAUCCCAGCAAAGAAGGAACUGAUCCCUAGUAAGGAUGCAAUCAAACAGUCUGAUAACUGUAACCCUGUUGCUAAAAAGGUAGAAGCUUACAUUAAGGAACACAUAAGGCCUUUGUGCAAGAGUGGGGUGAUAACAGUCCAUCAAUAUAGGAUGGCUGUAAGAAAAACAACCGAUAAGGUGAUGACGUAUCACUCAAAAGAUAAGAACGCAAACUUCCUCAUCAAGGAAGGUGAAAAGGUGAAGAAACUCGCAGAGCAAUACAUUGAGGCGGCUGCAAAGCAAGCCGAGCAGAAACGAGAUUCCUAACCUUAAUCUACCCUUUUUGCCAUAGACUAGCGAGUAGUAGAUAGAAGCCAUUCCAUGUUUGAUAAAAUUGAAGAUUAAGUGUUGGAAUGCCGAAUACUAAAUUGUUAAGUACUGACUUAAUUAAGUGUGGGAAAUUAUUGGUUGGAUAAACUAAACGAAGAUGAAUGGAUUUUAAGUAUUGAUAU